AGUGAGCCAUAUAUUAGAGCCAAAUGUUUGACUAUAAGUCAAGUGAUUAAAGCCAAGCUAGAAGUAAGUUGUUUCAUACUUGUCUCUAAGACACUCUUUUUUUUCUAUUUCUCCUCACAACACUUGCUAUUUGGGUCCACCACUACCUAUCCAUCAGUGCUUAGCUUGGUGCUUACAUGAGAGCCAAGCUAUCAUCUCUCCCAUAUCUUCUCUCCUUCACAACAGCAUUAGUUUGACUAUAAGCCUUUUAUUAUACAUGCUUUUAAUAGUGAUGAGCUAACCACUACUUACUAUAUGAAUGAGUAAAAAAACUAUAAAGAAACAGUCGACAGCCGGCUUUCUUAUUAUUUUUUUAUUAAAAAUCCCCCCGUGGCAGUACAACUGUACACGUGUAGAUUUACACAAGUUCCGAGACGCAUUCGAGUGCCCUCCAAAACCCAGGCAUAAAUACCGACACCCUGCAAAAAGUGUGUGCAUUUCCCACCAGCUCACUCCACCUCCCACUCCAGUACUCCACUGCUCUACCACCCCGAUCCCGAUGGACGCUGGCCACAGCCAUGGCCAGACGCCGCCGCCGCCGACGCAGUCCUCCACGGAAACCCUGAUGGCGGCGCUCCUCAACGUUCCAGCCGCGCACCUCCCCGGCCUCGCGCGGGCGCUGGCCGCCGACGCGCGCCGGCUGCGAUCCCGCCUCGCGUUCCUCCUGCUCUCCACGCCGCACUUCGCGCGCGCGCUCGCGCGGCUUCGCUCGAUGCCUCUCCCCGCCAAGGCCGCGCUGCUCGGCCGCGCCCUCCUCCGCUCCCUCGUCCUGCUCCUCCCGGCGCUCUGCCCCGCACGACGCCUACCACCACCUCCUUCUCCAGCCGCCCGACCUCGACGCCGCGCUCCUCCUCCUCGCCAUGUGCGACUCCUACUCCCCCGCGGCGCCAGCUCCUCCCCCGUCGACUGGCGCGCGGUGAUCGUGGACGACGUGGUGGCGUCCGCGCUCUCCGUCUCCGGCCUCGGUGCCACGCCCUGGGCCGCACUGUGCCCCUACGUGGACGCGGCCGCCAAGUGCCGCCGGUUCGCGGACGUCGCCGCGGUGGCAGCUGGCAGCGACGGCGGGACGACGACGAAGGACGGCGAAGGGAGCGGGGCCGCGUCGUACGCCGCCGUGCUGGCGCUGCCCCCAGCGGCGGGCGACGGCGCGCCGUGCGCCAUCUGCCGGGAGGAGAUGGUUGCUCGCGGUCGCGGACGCGGCGUGUGCGGGCUCAGGCCGUGCGGGCACCGGUUCCACUGGCGCUGCGCGCUGCGCUGGCUGGCCCGGCGCAACACCUGCCCGUGCUGCCGCGCCGAGCUGCCCGCCGAGGACCCGCUCGCGGAGACGCGGCGGCUGUGGCGGGGCGUCGAGAGGAUGGCGCGCGGCGGGUGAACUGGUGAAGUGUACAUGAACAUGAUCGAUGGGACGCCGACGCACUUGUUGGUUGCUUUCGUCUGUCGCGGUACGUGGUUUCAAGUACUAGUGUCAGAUUCUGGGACGACGGCGAUGGCUCUCCCUGUGGCGCUGGGACCCUGUGGACUGUGGAUCAUACCGAAUAAUGAUGUGCAAUUAUUUUGUAAGAUAAACAAAUAAAACUGUGAAGAACAUGCUUGAGAUUGUCGCUUGCUAAUUGUUGGCCAUA